GCAAUACUUAUUUUAUUAAACAAAAGAAAAAGGGAAAAUAAAUGCCACGGAGUAUUAAAAAAGAAACCGACCAAAAACUAAAUAGAUUAUGAAUAUCGAACAACCGCGUCGCUAGGGCACCCAAAAGAAUAAAGUUGAGGAAAGAGAGAGAGAGUGGCUUGAGCUGUGAUUUAGCUGUCUUCACUACUCUCCAUUUUCCUCCUCCCUUCUCCAUCACGCGCUUCCCAAACCUCUAUCCACCGAAUAAUUAAAGCCUCUCACUCCAUUUUCUUCCUUCCCAUUCACUCAGAUCUAUCUGUUUCCUUCUCCCAACCCACAUUCAGUCUCUCGCCGGACUUCCCCAACGCCACCUCCGGCAGGUUCUCAGAUGUCUGGAGUGAUAUGAAGAAGAAGGGAGUUUCAUCGUUGCUUUGUUUUUGCUUCUUCUUAGCCUCUGUUUUCUCCGCAUUCUCCUCUGUUGCAGGCUUCCAGGUCUCUGACUAUGGCCCCUUGUCGGACUCCGAGGCGCAGUACAUCCGCCGCCGGCAGCUGCUGUACUACCUCGACGAGUUCCAGGAUCGGGGCGAGAAGGUCACCGUUGACCCGUCUUUGACCUUCGAGAACCCCAGGAUUCGAAGAGCGUAUAUUGCGCUCCAAGCUUGGAAGCAGGCUGUGCUCUCGGAUCCGUUCAACACGACGGGGAACUGGAUAGGAUCGGAUGUCUGUAAUUACACCGGAGUCUACUGCGCGCAGGCGCUGGAUGACCCGAAUGUCCGGACAGUAGCCACCAUUGACCUCAACCACGGCGACAUUGCUGGAUACCUCCCGGAGGAGCUCGGCCUGCUCACAGAUCUCGCGGUCUUCCACAUCAACUCCAACCGGUUUUGCGGCACUAUUCCGAAGAAGUUUAAGAACUUGAGGUUGCUGUUUGAGCUGGAUCUGAGUAACAAUCGCUUCGCUGGGAAGUUCCCUUACGUCGUUCUCAGCUUGCCGCAAUUGAUCUAUUUGGACAUCCGUUUCAAUGAGUUUGAAGGUACGGUGCCGUCGGAGCUCUUUGAUAAGCCUUUGGAUGCAAUUUUCAUCAAUGACAAUCGGUUCUCCUUCGAGCUGCCGGCUAAUUUUGGGAAUUCUCCGGUGUCGGUCAUUGUUGUGGCCAACAAUAAAUUCCAUGGCUGUUUACCCGCGAGUAUCGGGAAUAUGAGUGAUCUGAACGAGAUUAUUUUGAUGAACAAUGGGUUGAGGUCUUGCUUUCCGCCGCAAAUCGGAAAUUUGAAGAACGUGACGGUGUUCGAUGUCAGCUUUAACCAGCUGUUGGCGCCGUUGCCGGAGCAGAUCGGCGGGAUGACCAGUCUGGAGCAGUUCAAUGUCGGCCAUAACAUGCUUUCCGGGCAGAUACCUCAAAGUAUAUGUAAGCUUCCCCGGCUCGAGAACUUUACUUUCUCUUAUAAUUUCUUUAGUGGUGAGCCACCGGCUUGUUUGUCUUUGCCGGCCUUUGAUGAUCGCCGGAAUUGUUUGCCGAGACGACCUUUCCAGCGGUCUGCUGCGCAGUGCAGUGCCUUCUUGUCUAAGAAAAUACAUUGCGGUGCUUUUAAGUGUCACAAGUUCAUUCCCGCUUUGCCAUCACCUCCCCCGCCGGUAUUUGUGCCACCAUCUGCACCGACGACAUUUGUGCCACCAUCUCCACCACCAUCGCCGGUUUCUCACUCUCCGCCAUCGCCAUCUCGACCUCCACCACCACCACCACCACCACCUGUUCAUUCCCAGCCGCCACCACCACCACAUUCCCCCCCUCCACCCCCACCCCCUUCUCCGUCCCCCCCUCCACCUCCUUCUCCAUCACCCCCACCACCGCCUUCUCCAUCGCCCCCACCACCAAUCCCACCACCGUCUCCAUCACUCCCACCGCCUUCUCCAUCACCCCCACCACCAUCACCGCCCCCACCGGUCAUAUCUCCAACUCCACCGUCACUUCCUCCCCCAUCUCCACCACCGCCAUCACCUCCUCCACCAUCACCAUCUAACCAAUCUCCACAACCCCCAUCACCCCCUUCGCCAUCCAUGUCUCCAACUCCACCAUCACAGCCCCAGCCAUCACCCCUGCCUUAUUGUGUACGAUCGCCACCACCACCGCCUCACUGUCCUCCACCUCCUUUUUAUUCCCCUCCCCCUCCAGACCAUUACUUUCCACCUCCACCGUCACAUUUUCCACCUCCACCGCCUCACUCUCCACCUCCACCGCCUAACUCUCCACCUCCACCGCCUGCACACUACUAUUCAUCACCUCCUCCUCCCCCAGUCUACUCUUCACCACCUCCACCUCAUUCACCACCGCCACCGUCCCCUGUUCCAUGUAUAGAACCUCCACCGCCCCCUCCUUGUAUAGAACUUCCUCCACCCCCUCCAUAUGUUUACUUGCCACCACCAUCUCCAUCGCCCCUGCCACCUGUCCAUUACAAUUCCCCACCCCCACCAUAUCCGUCAACUCCUCCACCAUCAUCUCCACAUAACCCUCAUUCCCCACCUCCGCAAUCCUCAUCCCCCUCCCCCCCAGUCUAUUACCACUCCCCUCCUUCACCGUCCACAUCACCACCAGCCCCAGCACCAGAACCAUGCGAACAUUUCCCCCCACCACCAAUUACGGAUGCCAGCCCGCCUCCCACCCCAGUAUUCCAAGGGCCUUUGCCUCCGAUCACGGGAGUUCCAUAUGCAUCACCCCCACCUCCACCCUACUAUUGAUUCUUUUGAGAAUUUCCUAUAACCUGUCCUCAAGAAACAAAUACUAUACCUACAAUUAGACUAGAUGUCUUGGCUUUAGUUGUUAUUAUCAUUUCAUGUGGCCAAUAUACUUCUCUGCAAGUCAUUCCUAUCAUGUGGCGAUCCCAAUAUUUUGAUAAAUCACGGUUCUGAAACAAUGAUCAAAUUAGAGAUUCAACAUGGGUACCAGGAAUGUGUAAUUGGUGUUUGGGUAUUACUGUUUCUGGUUGGAUUGUUCGGGCAAGUAGGUGUCAAUGGAAAAAGUCAGAGGAGAAUACUCGCCUGGAAAAUGAUUUGAAAGUGUAAUGGUUGUGGAGAAAUAAGUUUGCUGAGAAAAAUAGAUUUGCAGGGAAGUGUCUGUAUAGAUGAUGCCAUAUUGUCGGCCAGAAUCAACCGGCUUGCUUACUGCUGUUGCUGGUUCUGGUUUGUGGAUUUCAUUGUAUUAUCCUUUUUUCCCCUUUUUAAUAUCCUUUUUCCUGCUUUUUGUUCUGUUCUUCAACUUUAUAGUAUAAUGAUGAACAUUUUACAUGUAUUUUUCCCCUCAGAAUUCAGAUGAUUCUUUUUAUUUUGUCAUUUCAGAUUGUGGUUUGAGUUUUUCUUCUAUUGACAUUCUUUUCUCAUUCUCCUUGAAAUGAAAUGCGUUACUUGCCUGUAGUCAUUUCCAGCUAGCUUACUAUUUCCUCUCAAAAAAAAAAGGCUUAGCUUACUAUUUGGAACGUUUAGUUGGCUCCACAUUAGAAUAGUCUUGUGAUUGUGACUCAGCUUGCGUGCAUUUUAUCCUGUGUAUGUGAAUAUUGUGGUUGUCCAAAUUGCAUUUGUUUAUGGGAAAAUUUAGUGGGAAUUUGUCUGUAUCAAUGGUUCUGGCUGGAAACACAUCAUGCCC